UAUGGAUACCCUAAAAGCCAAGUUUUACCUACGUCGACGAAGGGGGGAACCCGCACCUCACAAAUGAACCAUCAAUGAUCAGGGACAGCAAGAGAAGAGAAACCGUUGAACACAGCUAGCUCCACCCGAAGGCAUGAAUCUGAUGCCCUGUGACACCAGUGUCAGCAACUGUUUUUCCUUUCAGGCCCAAAGGUUCCUCAUAAUCGCAAUGCACAUCGAAAUUGAGCACCGAGCAGUCUCAAUUUUGUGGAUUCCAGGCGGAGCGGGAUUGGGACAGUGCCUGUAGUGACAGCCACACGCAUUGAGGAAGCCGCAUUGCCUCUUGCUUCUGCGCAACGAAUUGAGGAGCACGCGGUGGCCCCCUUGUCUUUGCUAUCAAGCAUGGGGGCGCCAGCUCUGACCUCCGUCCUGGCCAGCAACAUCAGCGCAGCAUGGACGGUUUGUCUGGAGCAGGGCCUGCAAGGGGGAAGCAGAGACGCGCCCUCGGGCGAGCUGGCGGCCAGUGUGGGGGUGCUGUGCCAGCAGGGGCUGGGCCCGCUGCUCACUGCCCACUGUGGGGAUCGCCUGGAGAGAGUCUUUCGUGAGGAGCACCUCCCUCGCUUUUGGGCCAAGUUUGACACAUACGAGGACCGCCAGCAAAGGGCUCAGCAGGCGGAUGACCCGUCUCCUUUGCAAUCCUGGGCGGUGUCCACCCUAGCCCCGGCUCUGGCGGAGCUGCACUCGGCGCAGGGGCUGCAGAAGCGCCAGCUGGCGGACCUGCUCAAGGUGAUGGCGGAGGCCCCAAGAGCAGCGGGGGGAGCAGGUGGGGCGGGCUGGCCCAAGCCGCGGCUGGAGCUGUCAGAGAGCGAGCGGGUGGUGGCGCAGUUCCAGGCGGGCACCAGUGCCUGGCUCCUCAGCACGGCCCCCGACUACCUGCCAGACCUGCUGCGCCUCUACUUUGCUGCGCGCCUCGACGAAUUCAGCGGGGGCGUGAAACGCGCAGCGCGGCGGAGCCGGCGCCGAGAGAGCACGGCCAGCCUCGACAGCGGGGGCACCAGCGAGGAUGAGCUAGGCCUGGAGGGGGCGGACGACGAAGUCGAGAGCGCAGGGGGGCUUGCGGGGGGGGGAAGCGCGCUGCGGCGGCGGCGCAGCAGGCGCAGCAGCAGUGUGAUGGACGAGGACGACGGGGUGGGGGGGCCGGGGGUUGCGCCGCACGUGGAGGGGGGGGAUGCCAUGGAGGGCGUGGAGCGCAGCCCCGGGGAGGCAGCGCCCAACCGGGCGGGCCUGGUGAACAAGCACCUGGCGGGGGUGCUGGGGGAUACGGGAGGGGGCGCGGGCGCGUGGGGGGCAGGGGCGGAAGGGCACGUGGAAGGGGUGGGCAUCGGCGACAUGGUGCGGCUGAUGGGCGUGGAGUGGGUGGCGGGCGUAGCAGCGGUGGCACGGCAGCUGCGGGAGCUGGGCCUGGGGGCGCUCGCAGAGGGGGCCGUCGCGCAGGCUGUGCACGAGCACCUGCAGAGCAAGCUGCUGCGUGCUGCGCGUGGCCGCUACGAGGCGCCUGUUGCGGCAGUGUUCCUGCGCUGGAUUGAGGCCGUCCCGCUGCGCUUCCUCUCGCUGCUGCUGCCGCCCCCGGUCCCGCCCACCCCCCCCUCCCCUGUACCACUCCCCUGCGGCCUCCCCCUUCCCCUCCCCCCUCGCCUGCCCCGCCACCCCGGCUCCGGCCUCCGCCUCGAGAUGGCGGCCUACGAGAUCCUGGGGGACCUGCGCACCACAGAGCUGUUCGACAUCAUUGUGGACCACCCAGAGAGCCUGCCUGCUGUGGAGGACCUGCGUGCCUGCCUGGCCGCAACGGGGCGGCAGCGCGACCUGGUGGACGCCUUUCGCGCACAGCUGCGGCAGAGGCUGCUGCUGCCGGGGGCCGCCACCACCGACAUCCUCACACACUACAUCGCCACGAUCAAGAGUUUGCGCGUGCUGGACCCCGGGGGCGUGGUGCUGGAGGCGGUGGGUGCGCCCAUCCAGGAGUAUUUGCGGCGCCGCAAGGACACCAUCCGCGGCAUCGUCACGCUGCUCACGGACGACAGCGCGGCCGCGGGGGGCGGCGAGUCGCUGUACGAGGAGCUCGCCAAGACGGCGGCCAUGGCGGAGGCGGAUGAGCGCGAGGAUGACGACGCGGGGGCGGCGGACACCGAGGAGGAGGCGGCCGCCGCCCACGCCUGGGAGCCGGACCCGAUUGCUGCUGCUCCGGGCGGCGGGGGCCGGCGGCGGCGUCGCGCGGACCUGAUCAGCGCGGUAGUGGGCAUGUACGGCAGCAAGGAGGUGCUGGUCAACGAGUACCGCGUCAUGCUGGCCGACCGCCUGCUCGCCAAGCAGGACUACAACACCGCCACCGACGUGCGCACGCUCGAGCUGCUCAAGCUUCGCUUCGCGGAUGCCAACCUGCACCAGUGUGACGUCAUGCUCAAGGACCUGGCCGACAGCAAGCGCAUCAACACGCUGAUCCACACCCCGGCCCCCCGCCCUACGUCGCCUCCCCCAAACGCAGCGCCGCACCCCGGCAGUCCCCCCCAAGCACCCGGCGCCGCUCGGCGGCAGCCGCCCCCCAGGGUCGGGGGGCGGGACGGGGCUGCCGGCCCUGCCAGCCCGCCCGGGCCUUCGGCCGGGGAUGCCGCCGUGGGGCGCGGCAGUGGGAGCAGCAGCGAGAACGAGGCGCGGCUGCAGGCCAUUCGCGCCCGCAUGCGCGCGCUGCGCAGCCAGGGGCCGCCCGGCGCAGCGCCCGCCGAAGGGGAGCCCACCCUGGACAACGUGGACGCCACCAUCGUGUCGGCGCACUUCUGGCCGCCCUUCCAGGCGGACGAGGUGCGGCUGCCGGCGCCGGUGCAGUCGGUGCUGGACGCAUACGCUGCGCGGUACCAGGAGGUGAAGGCGCCGCGCAAGCUGGGGUGGAAGACGGGCCUGGGCACGGUGCGGCUGGAGGUGGAGCGUGGGGGCCGCGCGGUGCAGUACGCGGUGUCGCCCAUCCACGCGGCCAUCGUGUGGCACUUCCAGGACCGCCCGCGCUGGCCCGCGCGCGAGCUCGCGGAGGCCGUCGGGGCGCCGCUGGGCACGCUGCGCAAGAAGGCCGUGUUCUGGGUCAACCAGGGCGUGCUCGCGGAGAGCACGGGGCCGGACGGGGGGGGGCUGUACCGCCUGGUGGAAGGAGGGGAGGGCGCGGCCGGGGGCCCGGGUAGGGGGCCUAGCGAGGAGGGUGAGGUGACGGUGGUGGCAGAGGAGGAGGGGGAGAGCGCAGUGACGUCAGCUGAGGAGCAGAUGGCGUCCGAGAUGCAAGUAUACAAGGACUACGUGGUGGGCAUGCUGACAAACCUGGACGCGCUGCCGCUGGAGCGCAUCCACAACAUGCUCAAGAUGUUCGUGGUGGACCCGCCCUUCGACAAGAGCGCCGCGCAGCUGCAGGCCUUCCUCAACAACCUCAUCCGCGACGACGUCCUCGAGUUCCGCGACAACAUGUACCGCCGCGCCAGGCGGCCCGACGCGGCGUAACGCGCCUGGGCAGCGCCUCUUAGCUGGUCAUGCUUUGCUGGUGCUUGCGUCAUGGUGCGGUUGGCAUGCUGCCCGAAAGAGUACAGGCUGAAAGGCGUUUCUUGCACUGAAGUUAGAAAACGGAGACAGAGGGAUAGGACCGUAUGCUUCCAAGAUGCUCCAAGUUGCUUCUCCAAAUUACAUAACCUGAGAGGAACGUAUCGAGACUGGUGUUUGAGAUCACGUCCGGUGAGAACCUGUAUACAAAGCGGACCAGCAGGCGAAAGCGCACUACUUAGAACAGCGUAAUUUGGUUGCCUGUGGUUGAAAUAUAGGAGCUCUUUCAAUCUUGAUGAACCUGGGCGUCGGAAGUGUCAGGCUAUUGCACGAAGCCUGCCAUUAUCAUUCAGCAUACUGGGA